CUUCGCUUAGUCUUAGUUUAGGUUUGCAAAUUACUCCUUCAUAGCAUUUUGGUGAUACUUUGGCUUCACUUUUCAUGAAAUAUGGUUCACAAAUUUAAAUAAUUCCUGUUUAACAAAUACACUGCAACAAAAUGUUCUCAAUCCGAGGGUUUAUCAUUUUAACGGUGAUUAGUGCGUCACUUAUUGACACUGGAAAUUCAAGUAAAAAUGCAACACUCGAGGAUAUCCCAAUAAAAGCUAUCUUGAAAGAUAUAAAAGAGUUGACUAGUGCCAAAGGAGAUCCAAAUAGAGACUCGUCUAAACUUGAGCUUAAGAGAAGUGUCGUAGGUGUUAAGAAGCAUAAAAAUUAUGAAAUUGUUUUGUACGAGUAUUCAGAUGAAGAAGAUGUGCGGUUGAACGCGGAUAAAAAAGAUGCUGAUUUUGAAACAAACUCUCCAUCUCUGACCCAACGAACAAAUGAGUCGAAUUCAUCGGAAUCAAACAAGAAGGGUCCGACGCCAACAGGGGACGAUGUAUUCGCACCAACAAACCGCACCAGUGUCCCUCCAAUAGUUAUAAAGAGGGGAAAACUAUCAGUUUUUGAACAAAAUUCAAAUCGUCAAAACAGCUCGAAGCAAUACGUGGUAGCCAACGGUCAGCUCUCUCACGAGGCAACGCAACUUGUGAGGUCCACGGACAGCGAGGAUGUUGAAGCAGAAAAUGUAAAUGAUGAGCACGACGACAUUCCUUUCGUGUGGGGGCAACGUGAAGGACUUCGGAGUGGAAAAAGACGACACAAAAUUUUGCUGAGAGGACGCACACCUGCAUCUUCCACGGCUCAAUAUGAAGACGACUCUGAUGAAUAUCAAUCAAGCGCAUCUCCAGAAAGGGAGGAGGAAGAUGGAAACCAAAGCGUUUACGUCAACUCCAAGAAAACUCAGCGUCCUCAAACUAGCGUCCCAAAAACCUCAAUAACUUCCACUAAAAGGCCAAAUCCUAGGAAAUUUGUGGUGGAAGAUGCACCAGGAGCUGGGAGGUGGAUCCCUAGACGAAAACCUACUGGUUUCUACGGAUCUCAUCUCAUCGGACUAAACAAAUCUAAAACUGUAGUGGAUGACCAAGAAAACGAGGAAGAUCGUGAAGAUCGAGACGAAUACGAGGAUGAUGAGAAUGACGGGGUAAAUUUCUGUAAGGAUCCGACUGGGAAAACAGGAAUCUGCGAAGAAUACUUCAAGUGUUCUGUCCUUUACACUGAAAGUGCUGGGCGAAUUAAUUUGCAAGACUACAAGUGUGCUUUGGGAAAUGAGAUUGGCAUUUGCUGCCCUUUGUUUGAAGAGAGAGAUGGACGAGGUCAGCAAGGUCUAGGGCGAUCUAUGAUGCGGUCUCUCAUGAAAGCUAAUGAUACAAGGAAGCCACUUAGUCGACAAAUUAAAAAGCUAAUUAGAUCAAAUGUCAACAAUUCGAUUGCAUUUGGAUCUGAUUCGGUGGCGCAACUGGAUGAAAUAGAGCAGGAUUUGUUCAUCAGAGGAGGCGAAGUUUCAAAAGGGUUGCCAGCUUUUGGUCAUAACCGCUUUUUUCCGUCGUCUAAGAAAAUUCGCCAAGUGUCAGAGUUCGGAUUUGAAUUGCUUCAAACAACAAAUGAUUUGAGUGAAAGGUUGCACCUGACGGAUGAAGUUGGUGGUUUGGGAUUACGGAGCUUCAAAUCUUCAAACACUCGAGCAAUUAACGACAGAUGUCCACGCUCGACACCGUGCGGAAUAAAUAAAUACAGAUUAGUCGACGGAUCUUGCAAUAACUUGAGACGUCAAAAGAUGGGUCAAUCUUUAACUCCACUUUCGAGAGUACUGGAACCAGCGUAUGCUGACGGUAGAUGGGAACCUAGGAUUUCGGUUCGUGGAUUUUUGCUUCCAAGUGCUCGACUUCUGUCUCAACGUUUCAUUCAGGACAGAGACAACCAAAAUAAUAAAUACACACUGUUCGUCAUGCAAUUUGGACAAUUUGUUGACCAUGACAUAUCGAGUGUUCCUAUUUUCACCUUUACAAACGGCACUGGAAUUUCGUGUUGUCGGAAUGGAAAUUUUCUACCCCCUCAAGAUCGGCACCCGAACUGUCUUCCCAUUGAGAUUCCGGCAGAUGACCCUUUUUACAGUCAAUUUGGUCAACGUUGUAUGAACUUUGUUCGAUCUCGGAUGGCUCCACGAAUCGAUUGCAGCUUAGGCUAUGCGGACCAAAUGAAUGCUGUUACACAUUGGUUGGAUCUAUCGAAUGUUUACGGUAGUAGCGAAACAGAGUUGAGAGAGUUGCGUCUUUUCGAAGGAGGACUUCUUCAAUUUUCCGAGCUUGCUGACCGAAGACCAUUGCUGCCUCUUAAAAGAAAAAAUAAUGGAGAAAUUGACUACAAGGCAGGCGACGACCGGGUAAAUGAGAUGCAAGGGCUCAUGAUAAUGCACCUGAUUUGGUUAAGGGAGCAUAACCGAGUGGCUGUAGAGCUGCAAAAUAUUAAUCCCUUCUGGAGUGAUGAACAAUUGUUUCAAGAAGCAAGAAGAAUAGUAAUUGCAGAGUAUGAACACAUCAUUUACAACGAAUGGUUGCCCAUAAUUAUUGGACGUGAAUAUAUGGAAAGUUAUAGCAUCCUACCUUUGAGUCGGAAGAAGGCAUUUAACGGUUACGAUCCAGAGAUUGAUGCUUCGAUUGAAAAUGCAUUUUCAGCAGCAGGAUUUAGAAUGGGUCAUUCUCUCGUGCAGGGUCUGGUUCGUCUAAUAAAUGAGUUUGGGCAAGCCAAUGAAGCUGUUACGAUAAGCAAUCAUGCCGAAAAUGCUGUCAGGACUCGUGCUCCCAACCAAAUUGAUAAAUGGAUUCGAGGAUUAGCCCAACAGCCAAUUCAAAGCUUUGACCCUUUCGUCACUCGACAUCUCAACGGGAGACUCUUCCAAGCUCGCGGAGGUAUGUUCGGUAUGGAUCUGUCAGCUUUGAAUAUUCAAAGGGCCAGAGAUCACGGGAUACCCGGUUACAAUGCAUUCCGAGAGUUAUGUCAAACUGGGAAGCGAGCAAAAUCUUUUGAAGAAUUCAAAGAUUGGAUCUCUCCCGAAAUUGUGGAUGAAAUGAGGCGAAUUUACGAUCAUCCGGAUGACGUCGACUUGUGGAUUGGAGGCAUUUCUGAGUCACCUCUGAAAGGGGCUCUCAUCGGCCCCACCUUCACUUGCAUUGUUGGAGAUCAAUUCGCAAGGACGAAAAAAGGCGACCGAUAUUUUUAUGACAUUGGGGACCAGACCCAUUCAUUCUCACCUGAUCAGCUUCAAGAGUUGAGGAAAUCGAGUAUGGCGAGAGUGUUAUGUGACAAUGGAGAUGAGCUCGAAGCUAUUCAGCCUUCGGUGUUCCUUCAAUCUGAUUUUGAUUUCAAUUCGCUCGUCGACUGCAGGAGGAGUAGGAUACCAAGAGUGAAUUUGCAGCUUUGGGCAAACGAACCUACACCUUAAUUUUAAUUAUGAAUGCAUAUUGUGGGGGGCGUGGGUGUGAGCAACUACUAUUUGAACAGGGAUAAUAAACAGCGGCGGAAAAGGCUACCUGUAUAUUUAAUAGUCGGCUAAUUUAAAUACACAUUUUUUUACAUAUGUCACAAAUUUCAGUUGCUUUAUUGCAAUUAAAAUAUUUUUUGCAACUUUUUGAAGUAAUAAAUAAAUGCGUUGAAAUGAAAAUAUAA